GGCGAGCCUGGAAGCUCCAUGCAUGGAGUCACCGGUAGAGAACAAAGCUUUGCUUUCUCGGUGGCUUCACCGAUUGUCCCGACCGACACAACGGCCAAGUUCGACCUGCCGGUGGACACUGAACAUAAGGCAAAGGUCUUCAAGCUCUUCUCCUUUGCAAACCCUCACAUGAGAACGUUCCACCUCUCGUGGAUCUCUUUCUCCACAUGUUUUGUCUCCACAUUCGCAGCUGCACCACUCGUCCCCAUCAUCCGUGAGAAUCUCAACCUAACCAAACAAGACAUCGGAAACGCUGGAGUCGCGUCCGUGUCAGGGAGUAUCUUCUCUAGGCUGGUGAUGGGAGCCGUGUGUGAUCUUCUAGGUCCACGUUACGGUUGUGCCUUCCUUGUGAUGCUCUCCGCACCAACGGUGUUCUCCAUGAGUUUCGUGGAUGGAGCCGGAGGGUUCAUUACCGUGAGGUUCAUGAUUGGUUUCUGCCUUGCGACGUUUGUGUCUUGUCAAUACUGGAUGAGCACUAUGUUCAAUAGUCAGAUCAUCGGUCUAGUGAAUGGGACAGCAGCUGGAUGGGGAAACAUGGGAGGUGGCAUAACGCAGUUGCUCAUGCCGGUUGUUUAUGAGAUCAUAAGACGUUGUGGUGCGACGGCGUUCACGGCAUGGAGGCUUGCCUUCUUUGUCCCUGGUUGGUUGCAUAUCAUCAUGGGAAUCUUGGUGCUCACGCUAGGUCAAGAUCUCCCUGAUGGGAACCGAAGUGCCUUGGAGAAGAAGGGAGAAGUUGCCAAAGACAAAUUCGGAAAGAUUAUGUGGUACGCUGUUACAAACUACAGGACUUGGAUCUUUGUUCUUCUUUAUGGAUAUUCCAUGGGAGUUGAGUUGAGCACUGAUAAUGUUAUCGCCGAGUACUUCUUUGACAGGUUUCACUUGAAGCUCCACACAGCCGGAAUCAUAGCAGCAUCUUUCGGAAUGGCCAACUUCUUUGCCCGUCCAGCAGGAGGCUAUGCAUCCGACAUUGCAGCCACUUACUUUGGUAUGAGAGGAAGAUUGUGGGCGUUAUGGAUCAUUCAGACAGCCGGUGGUCUUUUCUGUGUGUGGCUAGGCCGCGCUAACACCCUAGUCACUGCUAUUGUAGCUAUGAUUCUCUUCUCAUUAGGAGCACAAGCCGCUUGUGGAGCCACAUUUGCGAUCGUUCCUUUUGUCUCUAGGCGAGCCCUUGGAAUCAUCUCGGGCCUUACUGGUGCUGGAGGAAACUUUGGGUCAGGGCUCACACAGCUCAUCUUUUUCUCGACCUCAACGUUCACAACCGAACAAGGGCUAACGUGGAUGGGAGUGAUGAUAGUUGCUUGCACGUUGCCUGUGACGUUAAUCCAUUUUCCUCAAUGGGGAAGCAUGUUCUUGCCUCCAUCCAAAGAUCCUGUCAAAGGUACGGAGGAGCACUAUUAUGCUUCCGAGUGGAAUGAGCAGGAGAAGCAGAAGAACAUGCAUCAAGGAAGCCUCCGGUUUGCGGAGAACUCUAAGUCUGAGGGUGGCCGACGCGUCCGUUCUGCUGCUACGCCCCCUGAGAACACACCUAACAACGUUUGAUCAUACUAGUCACAUGGAAGUGUUGAAGGAUUGUUGCAGAUAAGAGUAUGUCCCACAGCUAGUUUUCUUCAAACUUUAUCAAUGCUUGCAGGACGUUAUUUAUAAUGUAUCCAUCUUUCUUUCACUAAUGAAACCUUUUGUGUUGUUC